AUGGAUGAAACACUAAGUAGCAGAAGUUACGAUGAUUAUCGUAGCAGAUCAAGAUCUCCGUCACGGCGUGGAUAUGGAAACUAUGAAAAUAACUACCAUGAUGGUGUAGACCCAUACUACGAUGAUUCAAGAAGAGGAGGUAGAUAUGGUGGUGGUAGAGGUAGAAAAGGUACUAAUUUUCGUACUGGUCGUAGAAGAGGCGGUAGAUACGCAGGACCUAUAAGCAAUUCUUUCAGAAGAGAACGUCCUGGUUUCCAGGUACGUAAAUAUGACCCACCACCAACAAAUGUUACACCAGUAGAUAGAAAUUAUGACAAUACCAUAUUUGUCGGUAAUCUAUCAUUUGAUUGCACUGCUGAAGAUUUGAGAAAUUUGUUCAUUGAAGUAGGUGAAGUGGUGUCUGCCGAUAUUAUUUAUUCUCGUGGUCGUCAUAAGGGGAUGGGAACAGUGGAAUUUACUGAUCCUCGGAUGGUAAAAGAUGCUAUAAAUCAAUUUGAUGGUAUCACUUUUAUGGAUCGUGAAAUAUUUGUGAAACAGGAUCGUGCACCUCCAAUUUCAGAUAAGCAUAAUAGCGAUUAUAAUAAUGAAAAUGAUACCAUUGUUGGUAGUGGUAGCGGAAGAAGAUUAGAAUUUUCCAGUAGAGAUUCUAUAAAUUCAACUUGGGGAGUUCGUCCAUCUCCAUUACAAUUACAGUCACAACAUGGUCAGUUAGAUGGAUAUGAAGUGUUUAUUAUCAAUUUACCUUAUUCGACUACAUGGCAACAAUUGAAAGAUCUUUUUAGAGAAGCAGGUGAUGUGAUUAGAGCAGAUGUCGAAUUAGACUAUAGAGGCUAUUCAAGAGGUUUUGGAAAUGUUUUUUUUGCAACAAAGGAGGAAAUGUAUAGAGCUAUUGAAUUGUUCAAUGGGUAUGAAUUGGAAGGUAGAGUGCUAGAAGUUAGAGAAGGUCGUUAUAACUAUUUAUUGGAAGAAAAUAAUGAUUAUAAUUAUAGAGAUGAAGGAAGAUUCGAUAAUUCAAAUGGUGGAAGAAGAAGGAGUAGAAGACCAAGAGAUUAUUAUAUGGAUGAAGAACAAAGACAAGAAAGAGAAUAUGAUGUGCCAGGCUCAGAUUUUCUAGAAGGUAUGGUAGGUGGGGGUGAAAAGAAUAAUUUUGUUUAUUGUUCUAAUUUGCCAUAUGCAACUUCGUCGAGUGAUUUAUAUGAAUUGUUUGAAAGUUUUGGGAAAGUAGAAAGAGCAGAAUUAAAAUUUGAUAAGACUGGUGCUCCGACAGGUAUUGCAGUUGUUGAAUAUGUUGAUGCUGACACAGCAGAAAUUUGUAUUGAAAGAUUGAAUAACUACAAUUAUGGUGGAAAUGAUUUAGCAGUGUCUUAUGCACAACAUAACACUAAGUUAUGA